AUGCCUCGAUCAUUUUUGGUAAAGAAACAUACGAAUUCUAUCAAAAAGCCAAAUUACAGCGAACUGGAAAGCCCCACAGUCUUCAUCACGCCGCACUUCUACAGGGGCCUCCCACUGCCUGUCAUCCCGCAGCCAGAGAUCCUCAGCCCGAUCACUGUAUGGACUACCAGCAGCCUCCCGUUGUCCCCUCUCCCCAGCGACCUCUCCCCUAUCUCCGGGUACCCCUCCUCGCUCUCGGACACCUCCUCCAAGGACCACAGCGGCUCAGAAAGCCCGCGGAGCGACGAGGAUGACCUGCUCAAACUGACUGGUGGCGUUGGGGAAGCGGAGAAAUUCCAAUGCGCGCUGUGCAGCAAGUCCUACUCCACUUACUCGGGACUCCUCAAGCACAAGCAACUGCACUGCGACGCCCAAUCGAGGAAGUCCUUCUGUUGCAAGUACUGCGAGAAGGAGUACGUGAGCCUGGGGGCGCUCAAAAUGCACAUACGGACUCACACGUUGCCCUGCGUGUGCAAAAUCUGCGGCAAGGCAUUCUCCAGGCCGUGGCUCCUGCAGGGACACAUCAGGACGCACACAGGAGAAAAGCCAUUCUCCUGCCCACACUGCAACCGGGCGUUCGCCGACAGAUCCAACCUCAGGGCCCACCUUCAAACCCACUCAGAUGUGAAGAAAUACCAGUGCAAAAACUGUUCCAAAACCUUCUCUCGGAUGUCUCUCCUGCACAAGCAUGAGGAAUCUGGAUGCUGCACUGCACACUGA